ACUCAGUCUGCCCGACUUUGGAUUUUUGGGGUCUGAGGAGAAGCCCGGAGAGCGAAAAGAGGGCGAAGGAGGCGGAAAACAGAGAUUUAAGUCGGUUUCUAACGGCGGAAUGGCGGACCGGGACCCGGUGCCGCUUCCUGCGGAGGUGCGGGCCAAACUGGCCGAGCUGGAGCUGGAGUUAUCCGAGGGUGAUAUCACACAGAAGGGCUAUGAGAAGAAGCGAUCCAAGCUGAUCGGAGCCUUCUUCCCUCAAGCACCAGGAAUGGAUCCGCCCAUGGGCCAGGAGAGGAGAACCCCGGUCACCCCGUCCUCAUCCUCCCGCUACCACCGCCGGCGCUCCUCUGGCUCCAGAGACGAACGUUACCGAUCAGAUGUGCACACAGAGGCGGUGCAGGCAGCGCUGGCCAAGCACAAAGAGAGGAAGAUGGCGGUGCCGAUGCCUUCGAAGCGCCGGUCGCUGGUGGUCCAGACCUCAAUGGAUGCCUACACACCACCAGAUACCUCCUCGGGCUCAGAGGGAGAGGGGCAGGGCGACGGCGAUGGAGAGGAGGGAGGAGACUGCGAGGAAGAGGAUGGAGGAGGCGGCGGAGGAACCUCGUCCAGCCGCGAGGGGAGCAUCAGCAUGGAGCACUGGAUAAGCCGGGCCAUCCACGGCACCUCCUCCACCACCACCACCACCUCCUCCACGGCCUCCUCCUCCUCUUCCUCCACACGGAGCGGAGGUAGCGGGGCAGCCGGCGGCAGGCUGGCUGACGUCCUGGCCCAACACAUGCACAUCUCCGCCCACCACCACCUCCGCCACCACCAUCCUCACCACCACCACAAGACCGAGAACCACUCUGCCCCUCCAGAUGUCACCGGCUACACCAACAGCACCGCCAACGCCGCCACCGAUGGGAUCCAGGUGGAGAGAGCCCCGGGCGGCGGCACCGCGGCCCAGAGACAGACGCCCAAGUACGGCAACGCCGAGCUGAUGGAGACCGGAGACGGUGUUCCAGUCAGCAGCAGAGUUUCAGCCAAAAUUCAGCAGCUCGUCAACACUCUGAAGAGACCCAAACGGCCGCCGCUAAGAGAGUUUUUUGUUGACGACUUCGAGGAGCUCCUGGAGGUCCAGCAGCCAGACCCCAACCUGCCCAAGGCCGAGGGGGCCCAGAUGGUGGCCAUGCGGGGCGAGCAGCUGGGCGUGGUAACCAACUGGCCCCCGUCUCUGGAGGCGGCUCUGCAGAGGUGGGGCACCAUCUCUCCGAAGGCCCCCUGUCUCACCACCAUGGACACUAAUGGCAAGCCGCUCUACGUGCUCACCUACGGAAAACUGUGGUCCAGGAGUCUGAAGGUGGCCUACAACCUGCUGCACAAACUGGGAACCAAACAGGAACCACUCGUCAGACCUGGAGACCGGGUGGCGCUGGUCUUCCCAAACAACGACCCCGCUGCCUUCAUGACGGCUUUUUACGGCUGCCUGCUGGCCGAAGUCGUCCCCGUGCCAAUAGAAGUGCCGCUGACCAGGAAGGACGCCGGCAGUCAGCAGAUCGGGUUUCUGCUGGGGAGCUGUGGAGUGACGGUGGCUCUGACCAGCGAUGCCUGCCAUAAAGGGUUACCCAAGAGUCCCACUGGAGAGAUCCCACAGUUCAAAGGCUGGCCCAAGGUGCUGUGGUUCGUCACAGAGUCCAAACACCUCUCCAAACCUCCCCGAGACUGGUUCCCACAUAUCAAGGACGCCAACCAGGACACUGCCUACAUCGAGUAUAAGACCUGCAAGGACGGCAGCGUCCUCGGUGUGACGGUGAUGAGGAUAGCCAUGCUCACGCACUGCCAGGCCCUCACACAGUCCUGCUCGUACACAGAAGCUGAGACCAUAGUGAAUGUAUUAGACUUCAAGAAGGACGUCGGACUGUGGCACGCUGUCCUGACCAGUGUGAUGAAUAUGAUGCAUGUCAUCAGUAUACCCUACGCCCUCAUGAAGGUCAACCCUCUGUCCUGGAUCCAGAAAGUCUGCCAGUACAAAGCUAAGGUGGCGUGUGUGAAGUCGCGGGACAUGCACUGGGCUCUGGUGGCCCACCGCGACCAGCGAGACAUCAACCUGGGCUCCCUGCGCAUGCUGGUGGUGGCUGACGGUUCAAAUCCCUGGUCGAUCUCAUCCUGUGACGCCUUCCUCAACGUCUUCCAGUCUAAAGGUUUGAAGCCGGAGGUCAUAUGUCCCUGUGCCAGCUCCCCCGAGGCUCUGACUGUAGCUAUAAGGAGGCCCGUGGAGGAGGGCAGCACCCCUCCUGGUCGCGGCGUGUUGUCCAUGCAGGGUCUGAGUCACGGCGUGAUCCGGGUCGACUCUGAGGAGAAGCUGUCGGUCCUCACGCUGCAGGACGUUGGCUCCGUCAUGCCCGGAGCUAUGAUGUGUGUGGUGAAACCAGAAGGAGUUCCUCAGCUCUGUAAAGCCGAUGAGAUUGGAGAGAUGUGUGUGUGUACUGUUGCCACGGGAACCUCCUACUACGGUCUGGCCGGCAUGACCAAAAACACCUUUGAGGUCUUCCCCACGUCGAACAACGGGGCCCCCAUCAGCGAGUUCCCCUUCACCAGGACCGGCCUGCUGGGCUUCAUCGGACCUGCAGGUCUGAUCUUCGUGGCAGGGAAGAUGGACGGUCUGAUGGUGGUCGGGGGGCGCCGGCACAACGCUGACGACAUCGUGGCCACGGCGCUCGCUGUGGAGCCCAUGAAGUUUGUGUACAGGGGCAGGAUAGCGGUGUUCUCCAUCAUGGUGCUCCACGAUGAGAGGAUCGUGGUCGUGGCGGAGCAGCGGCCCGACUCCACCGAGGAAGACAGCUUCCAGUGGAUGAGCCGAGUCCUGCAGGCGAUAGACGGUAUCCAUCAGGUGGGGGUGUACUGCCUGGCUCUGGUGCCCUCCAACACUCUGCCCAAGACUCCUCUGGGUGGCAUCCACCUGUCAGAGACCAAGCAGCUGUUCCUGGAGGGGGCGCUGCACCCCUGCAACGUGCUCAUGUGUCCGCACACCUGCGUCACCAACCUGCCCAAACCCCGGCAGAAGCAGCCAGAGAUCGGUCCUGCGUCUGUGAUGGUCGGGAAUCUGGUGUCGGGGAAGAGGAUCGCUCAGGCCAGCGGCAGGGAUCUGGGUCAGAUCGAAGACAAUGACCAGGCAAGGAAGUUCCUCUUCCUGUCAGAGGUGCUACAGUGGAGAGCCCAGACCACUCCAGACCACGUCCUGUACACACUGCUGAACUCCAGGGGUACGAUAGCCAGCUCUCUGACUUGUGUCCAGCUGCAUAAGAGGGCAGAGAAGAUCGCCGGCAUGCUGGCUGAACGGGGCCACCUACAGGACGGGGACCACGUUGCACUGGUCUACCCUCCAGGUAUCGACCUCAUCGUGGCGUUUUAUGGCUGCCUUUACGCCGGCUGCGUGCCGAUCACGGUGCGACCGCCUCACCCGCAGAACAUCGCCACCACGCUGCCCACCGUCAAGAUGAUCGUGGAGGUGAGCCGCUCGGUGUGUGUGAUGACCACGCAGCUCAUCUGUAAACUGCUGAGGUCGAAGGAAGCGUCGGCCGCCGUGGACGUCCGGACCUGGCCUCCUGUCCUGGACACAGACGAUUUGCCAAAGAAGAAACCUCCUCUGCUGUAUAAACCGUCCAAUCCCGACACCCUGGCCUACCUGGACUUCAGUGUCUCCACCACCGGCAUGCUCGCUGGAGUCAAGAUGUCUCACACAGCCACCAGUGCCUUCUGCCGCUCCAUCAAGCUGCAGUGCGAGCUUUACCCGUCCAGGGAGGUCGCCAUCUGCCUGGACCCGUACUGUGGCCUGGGCUUCGUCCUCUGGUGCCUUUGCAGUGUGUACUCAGGUCACCAGUCCAUCCUGAUCCCUCCGUCCGAGCUGGAGGUGAACCCGGCUCUCUGGCUGUCGGCCGUCAGUCAGUACAAAGUCCGAGACACUUUCUGUUCCUACAGCGUCAUGGAGCUCUGCACCAAAGGCCUCGGUCUGCAGACCGACUCUCUGAAGUCUCGAGGGUUGGACUUGUCUCGGGUGAGGACCUGCGUGGUUGUAGCGGAGGAGCGUCCCAGGACAGCCCUGACACAGUCCUUCUCCAAACUCUUCAAAGACCUGGGACUCCACCCUCGAGCCGUCAGCACCUCCUUCGGCUGCAGGGUCAACCUGGCAAUCUGCCUGCAGCCUCACAGGCUGGGAAAGCUUGCCGACCAGGGCACCUCAGGACCCGACCCCACGACUGUGUAUGUUGACAUGAGAGCGCUACGCCACGACAGGGUCAGACUCGUGGAGCGGGGGUCACCACACAGUCUGCCCCUCAUGGAGUCUGGGAAGAUCCUGCCGGGGGUCCGGAUCAUCAUCGCCAACCCAGAGACCAAGGGACCAAUGGGAGAGUCACAUCUGGGCGAGAUCUGGGUGCACAGCGGUCACAACGCCAGCGGUUACUUCACCGUCUACGGCGACGAGGCGCUGCAGUCGGACCACUUCAACUCCAGACUCAGCUUCGGAGACACGCAGACCGUGUGGGCUCGGACCGGAUACCUGGGCUUCCUCCGCCGGACCGAGCUGACGGACGCCAGCGGAGAGCGCCAUGACGCCCUGUACGUGGUCGGUGCUCUGGAGGAAGCCAUGGAGCUGAGAGGGAUGCGUUACCACCCCAUCGACAUCGAGACCUCCGUCAUCAGGACACACAAGAGCAUCACAGAGUGCGCGGUGUUCACGUGGACCAACCUGCUGGUGGUGGUGGUGGAGCUGGACGGCUCGGAGCAGGAGGCCCUGGACCUGGUCCCCCUGGUCACCAACGUGGUGCUGGAGGAGCAUUACCUCAUCGUGGGCGUGGUGGUGGUGGUCGACAUCGGCGUCAUCCCCAUCAACUCCCGCGGCGAGAAGCAGCGCAUGCACCUACGCGACGGCUUCCUGGCUGACCAAUUGGACCCCAUCUAUGUGGCCUACAACAUGUAGCGCCCCCUAGUGGCCGAUGUGGAGGUGGAUGAAGGAUUAUUUAGGAGGAUGCAAAGACGGGCUGCUCCUGAGACUGAAAAUUUAAAAAAAAAAAAAAAACGGAGCCUGAGGCUGAGUUUGUGGCACAAGGGGUGAAAGUGGAGCCUUUUAGCCCUGACUUUCGUCUCUCAGGCAGCACUUACUCCCAGGCUAUGUACCGCUGUCAGCUAGCUCCCAGAAUCAGGUGGUUAGGUGGUUAUUUAGGUUUUUAGCCUUCAGGCUGAGGAGACUCGUACUCAGCUUGAGAGGAAGUGCAGCCAACCCACAUCCAGGGCAAGAAAGACCCCAUUUGUGCCGAUGGUUUACUGAAAAGAGGCAAUCUGGCCGCCGGAGACGGUGGGAGAGGACAAUCGUUGACGUAGCGAUCUGGAAGUUUAAACUACGUGUGGCUCGCUCUAUAUUUUCCUGUUAAGUAUUUGCUGAAGUCGCUUGUUUUAGCUUUUUUCGUUUGUAUUUUAACUUGUCCUCGAAAAAGUUUAGGCUAUUUUUUGAAAAGAAUAUUUACAAACUGUGGCAAAAAAACGAUAUUUUCCGUUUUUACGAUGUCAACCAUUACAAAGAGCGAGAUACGUUUUGAUACGAGGGUGGGGGUCUGAGUCCUUCAGUUUUACGAUGAGGUACUUCACGUUAGCUUCACGUUAGCUUCUUUUCUUUUUGUAAGCGUGUUGCGUUUUUUUUAUUCCAUGUUAUUUUCUGAACCGUCGUCCCGUCUCAGCGGGAGCUCAGUGUGCUAACAGCUGAAGCCUUUAACUGUUUAUUUUUCCGUACAAACACGCUUCGACUGAAGCAAAACAAUACAGAAAUUCAUAUCAUGUAAGUAUGUACAAAAAGAAGCUGAUUUAAUUUAUUUUGUUCCUCUUUUAGAAGUAUAUGACGAGACGUUCAAGAAUGUUUUGCUCUUGAAUAUUUGCUAAUAUAAAAAAAACAAAAAAGCAUUGUAUUAUCUGGAGUGAAACACACUCUUAUCAAACAUUAUGGAAAAUAGAAAUAUAUGAUUAUAGAUUCUAUGGACAGAUGAGUGAAGAUGGGUUCCCAGCAGACAGACGCAGUUUGACACUCGAUGCUUUUUACCUGCUUGUUGGUCUGAAAUGUUUCAGUCCGUCAGAUGGAAAAUCAGCUUUGACGACUUUUAUUCCACAUGAAGAGUUCUGAACCGAAUUUGAACUUUUAUUUAUUAAGUCUGUAAAAGUUUUGACCUUUUUGCUCCAAACAGAUUUUUUUUGGUGCGUGGUUCUUUAAAAUGAGUCAUACGUGCCCUUAAAUUAGAAAUCACUCCCUCAAAAUUCUCACUGGUGCUUUUUAGCUGAACUCAAAAUGCACAUAAAACCAAGCAUACUUUGGGGUUCAAUGAAAACGAGAUGAGGAUUUGCAGCUCUGGACCCUCUUUAAAGUGUUUAAACUUUUAAAACCCUUUUCUGUGUGCAGCAGCCAAACUAUCUCGAUCUGCUGUCUCUGAGUUCAGGAUCAAACUGAAAUGUUGUGGUCCACAGAGAGAUCAUACUUAUACAUUUCAGGACACAAAUGAUUAAUUUUGAGGAAUAGCCAAACGAUUACAUUACUGAAUUCGGGGGAAAACUGAGGAUAAUAAGUGCACAGAUCGUAAGCUGAUCCAGGACCUUUGCUGACCUCCAGUGGUGACAAAGAGGAAUUACAACAACACAUAAAAAAAACAAGCCUCUGACACGAGUUUCUCACUUUGGAUCAGAACUCUUCAUGCGUCACGAUUAUCAGGGAACAAACAGCUUUCCUGAAACAAACAGGAAUCAUUUUAAUUCGUCCGCCAUCAUUCAGCCUCUCCUGACUGAAACUCAAACAGACCGGCAGCAGUACUGGAUUAUCUUCUCUGAGCAGGUGAAUCCUCGUAAAGGCAGGUAGGCGAGCGGCCGCUACUAUUGUAAAUACCAGAGUCAGAAGUCCUUCGUAUUUUUACAGAUCAAUCAGGGCUCAAACAGUGAUGUCACGACAGGAAUAAAGACUGAACCAGGAAGCAGAAGGCGAAGCCGUUUUACCACACACCCUUUAAGUCAUUACAGAGCCGCGGAGAGGUCAAAGGUCACGGGACUACGACGGCGGGAGGUUGAAGCUUCUUGGGCGAGAAUGUCAUACUUUGAACACACGAGGAGAAAAGCACUUUCUUCACAUUUGUUUGUUUCUCUUUCUUUUAGCAGCAAAAUGUAUGUUUCCCCCAGUAUGUUUUUUUUAAUGGUUUUAAAAAUGUCUUAUUUGAGUUGACAA